CGGCUCCCUCGGGGACCUCGGCCCCGGCGGCCUUUCGUCUGGGCGAAGCCUUGGCCCACCCAGCUCGGCCGGCUCCCGGCGCGCGGAACCGCCAAGGAGUAGCCCGUGGCGUGGCUGGGUCCUCUGGGGUCCCCAGGGGGCUUCCACCCACGCUGGCCCUGGCUGGGUGACCGAGCGCAGAGGCCUGAGGCUCGUCUGGUGAUUUGUCUCCCAGGUGGAGACGGCUUCUAAUGGAGGCAGGUGCUCACAGCCUUCAGGCAACGUACUGUAAGGCGAUAUUACUUUUAUCCUCUUCACAUCAAUAUUUAUGGAGUAGCCACAGGUGCCUCAUCCUUUAGGGAGAGUUAAUUAUACAUUUGUCGGCCAAAAAUAAGUCUCCUAAUGAUGGAUAGAAAAUCGUCUUAAUACGAGAUGUUGAAUAAUACAUCCCUCUCCAACUGAUUUGAAAUUCCCUAUUAAUUGUAAUGGGCUGCAAUCCGUGGGGACACCUCCAGAGAUAACAGUCACUCCAUGGAUUCCUUUGGGCAGCACAGGGCAGAAGAGCAGCAGACAGUCGUCAGCAGGAUGCAAAAGAAAUACUGGAAAACCAAGCAGGUCUUCAUCAAAGCGACAGGCAGAAAGGAGGAUGAGCAUGUGGUGGCGUCCGAUGCGGACCUGGAUGCUAAACUUGAGGUUUUUCACUCCAUUCAAGAGACAUGCACUGAACUUCUGAAGAUAGUCGAGAAAUAUCAGCUAAGACUCAAUGUUAUAUCAGAGGAAGAAAAUGAGCUAGGACUCUUUUUAAAGUUUCAAGCAGAACGGGAUGCAACUCAAGCUGGCAAAAUGAUGGAUGCCACUGGCAGAGCACUCUGCUCUUCAGCCAAGCAAAGAUUGGCCCUGUGUACUCCCCUGUCUCGUCUUAAGCAAGAAGUGGCGACGUUCAGCCAAAGGGCAGUGUCUGACACCUUGAUGACAAUUAAUCGGAUGGAGCAGGCACGCACAGAAUACAGAGGCGCUCUGCUGUGGAUGAAAGAUGUAUCCCAAGAACUGGACCCAGAUACCUUAAAACAAAUGGAGAAGUUCCGAAAAGUACAGGUCCAAGUGAGAAAUAGCAAAGCUUCUUUUGACAAGUUAAAGAUGGAUGUUUGUCAGAAAGUGGAUUUGCUUGGAGCUAGUCGCUGCAAUAUGUUAUCCCAUUCACUCACUACCUACCAGAGAAUACUGCUUGGAUUCUGGGAGAAAACAGCUCGAAGCAUGUCCCAGAUCCAUGGGACCUGCGCUGUCUUUCAUCCAUAUGAUUUUGUAGCGCUCAAGCAACUACAAGACACUCCAAGCAAGCUUAUUGAAGACCACAAAGAAGAACAAACAGAAAGCAGCUUUCUUAGCAAAAACCUCCACAAGUAAGCAGAUGUUAUAAAAGAGGAGGAGGAGGAAAAUGCUGGGCACCAAUCUCCAGCAGUUGCAAAAGAUCUGCCUGUGGAUUCACUGGAAGGAGAAGAUUUUGAGAAGGAGUUCUCAUUCCUGAACAGCAUCCUGAGCCCCAGCCCCUCGGGCACGGGUGAAUCUCCCCCGGAGGGCCAGACGGCCUCUGGGAGCCCCCGUGCCAGCCGCGCGCCCCCGGAGUCUCCCGUGGGGCCCGAGCCUCUCGCCCACGCGUCGCAGUUCCUCCCCUCCCAGCUCUUUGACCUUGGCCUCCAUGCUGCGGGAGCGUUCAACAGCUGGGUCCAAGAGCGAUCAGAACUUCCUCUUUUACACGGUGAUAACCAGCCAGUGCCUUCACAGAGUCCAAAGAAAUUAACAAGAUCUUCCAAGAAUGGUAACCAAGACAUGUCAGCCUGGUUCAAUCUAUUUGCAGACUUGGAUCCUCUUUCAAACCCAGAUGCUAUUGGACACUCAGAUGAUGAGCUUCUUAAUGCUUGACUGAAGUUGUGUCAUUUUCAUGGCCUUGAGACAUCAAUUUUGCAACAUAUUGCCUUUGUGGAAAGGAAUUUCUUUUGUAACCCACACACAAAAUUAUGGUGUUUGUGAAUAUAACACCUCUCAGCCAACUUUA